UGUGUCUCUUCCGCAUCAGUAGAGUGGGCACUGUGAGCUUCGGGCUGAGAGAGGACGUUUCUGCUCCAAGAACUCUAAGGGAUAUCCCUGCGUAGAAAAAAUUGAUAGGAAUUAUGGAAUACUUUUUUGAACAUCUGGCCAAAAUCUCAGGGCCAACAGAUCGUAUUAUCAAGUGCAUUAUUAAUAAUAAUCUGAAGAGGCUGAAGACAUUGAUUAGAGGCAAGGACAUCAAUGCAUUGUACCCUUGUGUUGAGUUACAAGAUGAAGUAACCUCUUUAAUGGCUGCUGUUGCAUUUGCAAAUCAGGAGAUUUGUACAUUUCUUCUGGGAAAAGGUGCUGACCCCAACAAACCAUCAAAGAGAUGUUUAGCACCACUGCAUUAUGCUGGACUGUAUAAAGUUCCAGUGAAUAUAGUGACAACAUUACUGGAAGCAAAGGCAGAUCCAAAUGGUCUAGCAGAACAACCAUUCUUUCCAAUUCAAUUAGCACAUGACAGAGAGGAUAUUGUGAAGGAGCUUCUCAAAUCUGGAGCUUUAAUUUGGCUAAAUCAUGGCGUCCAUCCUGCAAUUGAUCAGAAAUUGGCCACAAUAAUUGGAAACUUUGCUGAAGAGAGUGGGUUCUUUUUCAAAAUCAAGCUUUUUUUCAAUUUUGCACAAGCAAUAAAACAAACAUCACCAACAGAUGUUUUCAAGCACUAUGAUCUUCACUUACUAGAGGAGAACCCACAAACCCACCUCACUAUGAUUGACAUGUGCUUUAACAUUGAAGGUGCAAAUGAAGACGAAUACUUCCAGAAAGCCAUUAAAUGGUUGAACGACUCCAAUAAACUAGUUUCCUAUGUUGAAGUUGUAAGCAGACGUCUGUCCACAGUUCCUCUGAAAUUUAGGGCAGGUGCAUUGAAAUCCUUAGACUUGUUUGCGCCAUGAAGGAAAUACCUAAUGAGGUGUCACUUACCCUAAUUCCUGAGUUAGUGAAACUGCUUUCCUCUAAAACAGAAGAUUAUCUCGUGCCAUUGAUCAUUGUUACGCUCUAUGGCAUCACACAGAAGACAAAAGACAAGGAUCGUUGGAGCAACUCUGACCUUGAGGAAAUAUGCAAGCACAUUGUCCCAUGCACACAGAGGAAGGGUUAUCCCUAUGAAUUGAAGAUGUAUGCCUAUGCGUUGCUAGCAGAUCUUUACACAUUUAGUUGUGUUCCUGGUUACAUCAGCUCUCUGGGACUGACUCCGGUACCUGAAGGACUACUUAACUGGGGAAGGGAUGAAAAGCUGAGAGAUCUAAACAUGUCCUUAGACAGACAACGUUCUGUCUCCAAGUCAACAAGUGAAGAUUCAAAAGACAGUCAUUUGUCAGAAACCAAGAAGAAGAAGAAGAAGAAGAAGAAGAAGAAGAGGGGAACGGCAGAAAAACAAGACAUACCAAAAGAAGAGACAGACACACAAGAAAAUAAAACCUGUUUAGCCUUCAAUACUUCAUCUACACCUGUUGAGGAAUCUGGCCUUGAUGAGUGUUCUAGUGUCAAGCCGUUCCACCCCACCACUGACACAUCACCAUUACAGCGCAAAUGGCACAAAGUAAGCAAGCGGUGGGAGACACAGUUAGAGAAGCUUGCCAACAUGGAUGAAUGUAAAGUUUAUAAAGUAGGAAACCUCACUCUUAUAUAUGAUGAUGAUUACUUUCGCAUAGCAAAGGGAAGUGAUGGAACUGAGGUCUUCUUGGGCCUGAGGGAUGAUGGCACUGAAGUAGCCAUAAAGAGAAUGAUCGGGUCAAACUAUCAGUUUCUCAAGAAUGAGGAAGGGUUUUUACGUCUUCCAGAGCUUGACAGUAGCGGUAUUGUAAGAUACAUGGACUUUGCAGAAGACAGUUUCUUUGGUUAUCUUGCUCUUCAGCUCUGUGAAUACACUCUGGAUGAGUACAUUAAUACACACCUGUCCAAGGACGACACUCCUGCCCUGAUUAAAAUCACUGAAGAGGUGCUCUGCAGUUUAAGUGUCUUUCAUGGUCCAACUACCAAAGUCCUUCAUCGGGAUAUCAAACCUCAGAAUGUUUUGAUAGGUCUCAAAGGAAAUGCAAAAUUGGCAGAUUUUGGCAUAAGUCGCAGACUCACAGUGGAACAAACAACUCUACACACAGUCCCUGCGGGAACAAAAUGCUGGAUGGCCAAGGAGACGUUAGACAAACAAGGCUCUGGAUAUAAGAGGAGCUCUGAUAUACAGGUGGCUGGGAUGUUGGUAUACUACGUCCUUUCUGGUGGACACCACCCCUUUGAAGGUCCACUUGGUGAUGAACUUGAACAGAAUCGAAACAUAAUCAAGGGGACUUACACACUAGAACAUGUGGCAGACGAGGUUGCAAAGGACCUCAUUGAGUGGAUGAUCAAUGAAGACCCUGAUGGGAGACCUACAGUGGAGGAGACCCUGAAUCAUCCCCUCUUCUGGAAACCACAGAGGAGAUUGGAUUACUUGAUAAAAAUUGGGAAUCAGGAGGAGGCAGAGAACCAUCGUAAUGCUGACCCUGGGCUCGUUCAAGCGCUAGACCAAGGUGUUGAGAACAGAUCCUUCUAUCAGUGGAAAUCCAAGCUGCCCCCUUUGUUGAUCCAGAAGGUGGAAGGUAAAAAGAAGGCCUACACUGAGAACACAUUGGGGUUACUGCGCUUCAUACGGAACCUUGAUGCACACUACACUAAGGUUGCGGAUAAGGAUGCAGAUGCGGCCUGCUGUGUUUGCAAAGAUCUGGUGACAAUGUUUCCUGAUCUCUUUGGAUGCGUUUACAAGUUUGCCAAGAAACAGAACUGGAAUACAAGACGACCUGAUCUGAGAUGUUUUAUUUAAUGCAGAGGAACUAAGCUCAUGAUGCUGACAUAUAUGUGUUUACACACAGUCCAAUUCUGAAUUCUGAUUUUUUUUUGCCCAAUUAUUGGCAAUAGAGCUGAUCUGAUUGGUCAAAAGACCAAAAAUAUCAGAAUUGGUCUGCCUGUUUAAACACAGACCUUUUUUUAAUUUGGAAGAUGCUGUUGAAAUUCAAUAUAUUUACAUUCCCAUUCUUUAGAGUAAAUAGAUUAGUGCAAAUUUGACACAAUGUUUUGAAGGAAAAUGGUUGAUUUUAGUAUAAUAUUUUCAGGAAUACUUUCUAUUAGAUUGUCACAAAAAAUACAUUAUAUAUAGGCCAGCAGUGUAUAAAAAGGGUUUGCUACUCAUUAUUCUAUUUUAGCCUGCAGUUGUAAGCAGGCCCAGUGAUUGUCAUGCAUUCUGAGUGGGAGAUUUUAUGGAAGAACACUGUUAACUGUUGCCUACUAGGGUAUUUAGUCACAACUGUAUGAUUGUUCAUGUAAGAGAAUGUUUGAUGCUGGAGCCAUUAAAUACUUUCUUCAAAAAUGACU